AUGGUAUCAAAGGUGAAGAGAGGACCAGUGAAGUCCAUCAAGGACCUUCGUAAUAACAACAACCGCCGUUGGCGCCGGAAAACCCCCAUAAAAAAUGUGGUGGCGGCGUCCUCCGCCGCGCUCGCCUCCAUCCGUCGCCGCAUCACGAAACUCUUCUCGAAGAUCGCGCGCCUCAGCACCACCCACAAGAAAAAAGCAACCUCGUACAAGAUUCUCAAAAAGACAACAACAGAAGAACACGGAGAACAACGCGACGCCAUUUGCCGCACGCUGGUGUUCGACGACGCUGCCCCCACGCCGCUCCUUCCUCCGUCCCUCUCCUUCCGAAAAACCGUGUUCCUCGACCUCGACGAAACGCUCGUCCACUCCCACCCCUCGCCGCCGCCGGAGCGCUUCGACUUCGUCGUCCGGCCUGUCAUCGACGGCGAGCCCAUGGAUUUCUACGUCCUCAAGCGCCCCGGCGUUGACGAGUUCCUCGAGUCCCUGGCCGCCAAGUACGAGGUUGUCGUUUUCACGGCGGCGCUGAAGGAGUACGCGUCCAUGGUGCUGGACCGGCUGGACCGGAACCGGUUCAUCUCGCACCGGCUCUACCGCGACUCGUGCCGCCACAUCGACGGGAAGCUGGUGAAGGACCUUAACGAAACGGGUCGGGACCUCAAACGGGUCGUUAUCGUGGAUGAUAACCCAAGUUCAUUUACGAACCAACCCGAGAACGCGAUUCUGAUUCGGCCCUUCGUGGAUGACAUUUUCGACCGGGAGCUUUGGAAAUUGAGAAACUUUUUUGAUGGGUCUGAUUGCUGUGAUGACAUGAGAGAUGCUCUUAAGCGCUAUGCUACUGAGAAGCAGCAGCAACGUUAG